UCAUCGCCAUUAGCCAUAACCAUAACGGAACAAUCUAGCGUAUUGAGUGCUUCGCUCAGGUAAUGAGAAGAUUAAUAUGCGUAGUUUCCUUAUGUGACUACUGAUUGAAAAGACAUAUAUUUACAUAGAAUCACGGAGUGUUACCGUUUAGUCAACUUGCAAACUUCAAAAUUGGCACAAAGUUGAACUGUAGCAAUUCUCAUGAUCGCUGGAUUUUCCCCUGCUAGCAGGUUGUGAUUGCGCAUGACCAGAAUCGGGCAACAGACUUUCCGCUGCUCCUCAGUAAGAAGACGAGAUGGAAGUUCGUACAAACAGAAGGCAUGGUUCAAGGGUGAGAAAUGACCCCUUUUGUCUUCCUUCUGAGUCGUCAACAGACCUUGACUACCUCAGUGUUGGCAGUAGCGCUCGUAGCGAGGAUAGCGGUUAUGCUGACUCUGAGACCAUGUCACAGAUGAGUGACAGGUCCAAGGAUUCACCACCAUAUUUUAGCCAAGAACCUAUGACUUCGGCUAUAAAAAAACUCAUUAAAGCAGCUCUGAAGGAAAAUAUGUCUUCAACUGUCCAAGUUGUAGGUUUUGCUACGGUAGUGGUAGCACUUCUCUAUAUUGUCUGCAGUGGUUCUUCUGGAGAGAAACUGAUAAAACAAGAUGUGAAAAUUAUUCUGCCGGGCAGUUCUGCAGAAGAAAAUAGCCCAGGUGUGACAGAGAAACUGCUGAAACAAAUCAUAAAAGACCUAAAACAAGGUGCAGAGACUAUGGCUCAUGAAGGAAUUCAAGCAAAUAAAGAUUCAGGAGAAGCCCCAAACAAUGCAGAAGAGAUGCUGAUGAGACGAGCUGUUAAAAUUGCGCUGCAAAGCAGUUGGGGAGAAGACCAGGGCACAGUGGUGAAGGAAAAAAUGCUGAAUCAGAUCAUCAAAGAACUAAAACAGGAAGUGCGAACCAGGAUUGAUGCAGAAAUUCAAGCGGAGAGAGGUGCAGGCAAUGAAGAAGGUGAUGGAUUCAUUGUCUCUGUAAUCAAGUGGCCUUUUUUGGCCAUUGCGUCUGUAAUCAAUUGGCUUUUUGCGGUCAUUGUGUCUGUAGUGAAAUUGCCUUUUGAGAUCGUUAUGCCUGUCAUCUGGUUGCUUUUCGAGAUCUUGGUGCCUGUAUUGAAGUUGCUUUUUCUUGUCUUUUGUGGUGGUUUAUUGUUCGAGCUUUCCCGUGACAAGGAAUUCAAUGAUUUCAUAUCUCGUUUUUUCCCAUCCUUAAAAAGGACCCCCAGUAGCGUUCCCCAAACAAACGCUGUUCCAAAGACAAAAACACGUCGUACUCAAAUGUAACAAUCGCUCUUGUGAUAGGCCGCACUUUCGUUACGUUUAUGCCACAAAACUACUUAAAAAAUUAGAAUAAUUCUAAUUCAAUGGCUUUAAAGCUUAACAGUGACCACCCAUUUUUUGAUCAUCUCCGGUUCCAGAUUUACAUUUUCUAUUAAUUUUCUCCAUUGAUGAAUUAUAAAAUUGCUAUAUUAAUAGAAGCCUGGAACCAAGCAUGCCAACUAUAAAAUUGUGUCCAUAAAUCCUUCCAUUUGAAGCAAAAAAGGGAUUGGAAAAUGGAAAAAAGCAAAGGUAUAAGGCUCUAGUGAAGGAACUACUCUUCCCACAAACCACUGAAAAUUGUAUGACUUCCAAAAUUGUACACUUCUUUGAAUUUAACCUUUGCUGUGAUUGUCAGCCCUUUGGAUGGUUGCCCACUGAUCAGAAGAUCUGUGGUUCUGUCAUUCGACAUGUCCAUGUCCAAGAAGCCUUAGAUAUGUAAGAUACUCACUAUAUAAGUGUAGUCCAUUUAAAGGUCACUAGCUGUUCUCGGGGUACCGGGUGCUGUAAACCUUUGGGAACAACAGGGAACUCCACCAGUUAGAAGCGUCUUGUACACUAUAUGGUUCUGGGUAUAGUCAUAUUUUUAAAUGAGACCACAAAUCAUGUAUUUCUUUGAAACAAGGUUGAUUCCAUGCAGACUUGUGGAUUCACCAGCAGCAUAUACCCUCGUUUCACAAUCGCAUAGCUUGUGGUCUGCCUUGGAUGGUCAGGACAAUACAGUCCUUAAUAAUACUAAUAUUCAAAAUCCUGAUUCAGAAUAUGAAUGGGAUGUUCACUUCUGGAUCCUUGCUGUUGAGCUCUAUAAAAGAUAGUUUAAUUAGUAAAGUAACAGCUGGAAGUGAAGUUGUAACAAUGAUCUACCAGAAGUUAUUUUCUGUGAUUAUAUUGGUUAUGUAUAAGUGUGGCACAUGAAUGUUAAGUGACAGUAUUACUGGGUGGUCGGUAGCGUAGUGGGUUACGCAGGCGCCCCAUGUGUAGAGGCUACAGUCCUCGCUGCAGCUGGCCCCGGGUUCGAGUCCCGCAUCGGACGGCCCUUUACUGCAUGUCAUUCCCCUCUCUCUGCCCCCUGUUUCCUGUCUCUCUUCAACUAUCCUGUCCAUUAAAGGCAUGAAAAAGCCCCAAAAAAUACAUUAAAAAAAAAAAAAAAAGUGACAGUAUUACUGACGUUACUACUACUUUUGCUUUCACCAUUCGCUUUCAUACUUAACUUCACUUCUGCCUUUGCGUCCUUCAUAAUUACUACAACAGCUAGAUGGCGCCGUUAACUGCAAACAUGGGUCUUAAUAAGGUGUUGUACACGGGACACAUGGGGUCGUGUUUUGGGGGAGGACAGUCUCAUUUAUCAAGAUGUUCCAAUGUGCAUUAGAAGGAAAAGAACAAGAAAGAGAAAUACGACUUGUGACUCGUGUCUUAACAUGCUGUUGUGCAUAUACUGUAUGUGGUGACAUCACUUGGCUGCUUGGUGAGAUGCCUUUUGUCAGUUUGAUUGUUUUAAGGACACUAUUGUUGAUUUUGAAUGACAGAGUUAAUAAAUGAUGUUUGGUCACUGAUAAUAUUUGAUAUUAUAUAUGGUCAUUACGUAAAAUUUCUAUACUGUCAUUUCUUUUGUACAUUUUGUGUAUUGUACAUGUGUUUAAAAUAUAGUUUGUAGGAUAAUACAUUUCAGAAGCAGUGCUGCUUUUUGAGGAAAAUAUAAAUGUGGUUUUGACAGUUUGAUUUGGCUUUGGCAUUACAUGCAAAGAGUAAUUUUAUUGAAUGGUGAUAUCAUUAAAAUGAAUUGCAGAUUUAAGCAAAUGAUCAAAUGUAAACGCUUACCUGUAAAAGCACUAUUAUUUCUUAGAUAUAUUUUCUACAUAUUUACCCCCUAUGGAAGCCAUGGUUGAGAGAAAAUGGAGAGGAUGACUAUGUCAUGUAUAAAUCACUAGCAGUGCCUUCACACCAGGAUCGCUAUCCAAACAUAUUUUGCUCAGACAGCUUUUUCUGUCUAAGGAACAAAGACCUGGGACUCGUUAUGUGAUCACUUGAAAUAUACUACAAACUUGUCCACUUUUAAGAAAGCUACUAAAUCUUGGUUAAUCCUACAACAAGCCUGUACCUAUGUUUAGUUUUUUAAUUUGUGUUUUUAUAAUUUUUUAUUUUAUUAAAUCCUGCUGCACGCUGUUUUUACUUUUGUUCCCGUAUCUGUUGUAAUGCAAAUUAGCAU